AUGGUCAAGUACCUUAUCCUCGCGGCGAACCUUUGCUGGGUGCUGACCACCGCCCCCCCGCUCCGCUCGGCAAGGACGGCCCUCUUCGCGCUCGUCGCUUUCGGCCUCCUGCUCGAGAAGAGCCUGUGCGGCGGUGAUGACCGCGGUGGCUUGGAUGGACUUGAAAGGGUCGACUGGCUGUUGUCCGGGCUCAGAUGGGCGUCGCCCGGGACGUUCGCCGCAGCAACGUGGGCGAAGGUGGCUAACAGAUUAAAGGUUUUCACUCAGGAGAAAAUCCGGUGGCUAACGUUUCAGGCUGGCGCUGUCAUUCUCGGCCACGCCCUUACAUCGUACUACCUCCCCUCCCUGGAACUGGGGCGGCUUGCCAGUUCGCUAUUGGCAGCGUGGAUGAAAAGUCGCAAUGGCGACAACAGCAGAAACGACGAUCAUCGAGGUACGUCGCGAUCAAGAGAAGGGCAUGGUUCUGCUACCGAUGACAGACGCACGGAUGGACUACAGCUGCUUCGUCCGCUGACGGUCGGCCGCGGUAGCGGCGACCGCGACAACGGUACGGUCGCAAGAACGGGCCACGGCCGUUCAAGGAACCACGCCGGAGAGUCCUUCCAACACGACGGCAACCAGGACGACAGCAUCAACGAUGAUGGAUCGGUUCAGGACGACAUUGAUAACUCGGGGGGACUCGGUGCGAGACAACCGGUCACGCCUGGACCGGGAAGAGCUGCAAACGGCAGUGGUAAUGGUGGAAGUCGCAGGGCUUCGGGUCAGGGGAACGCGAGGGCCGAUGGGCUUGAUGGUCUCAAGCGACAGGAGCUCCAAUCACUCGCCAAAAAAACCGACGGCGUGGUCAGGGCCAACCUGUCAACGCUUAACAUCAUCAGGGGACUGCGGGAACUCGGCAUCACAGAAGAUGCGCUUGAUCACUAG